AUGACAUCCCUCACUGCGGCAGAGGUAGCAAGCCACAAAACCGCGGAAAGCAUGUACAUCAUCAUCGACGCGGGCGUGUACGACAUCACCAAGUUUGUCGACGAGCACCCUGGCGGCGCAAAGAUUCUCAAACGCAUGGCGGGGAAGGACGCCUCGAAGCAGUUCUGGAAGUAUCACAAUGAAGGCGUGUUGAAGAAGUAUACGCCUGCUUUGAAGAUUGGGGAGGUCAAAGAAUCACCAAAGCUAUAA